CGGACGUACCGCCAAAAUUAAAUUAAAACUUUUAUUCUAGGUCCAAUUUGUAAUGAAUUCUGAAUAACAAUGUCUAAAAGAUACUUUCCCCAACAACUAGGAGAACGAAAGAAGGCCAAACUCGAUGUUAGCAUAUCUGAUCAUAACUUUCCAUUAAGUCAAAACAAUGAGUUCAAUAAAGAAAGUAAAGAUGAUGACAACUGGGGAGACGACAAUGACGACGAGAUCUUACUCCUCGCCAGUCAAGCCUGCGAGCAGGCCUACAACAGCAAUGACAUCAGCCAACUGCCAGACUACAGCUUAUGUAUGAAUCCAGGCUCAACUAGCACUCAACUAAGCUUCGAGCCAGUUCCUAGCACGUCCAAAACCGAAUUUACGUUCAAAAAACCGUCAUUCAACUCACCCAGUGCCAUAUCAACACAUUUAAAAGAAAAAUGCAACAGAAUCUCAUCACCAUUGCCGGGAAUAUCCUCUAAAAUACUGCUGAAGACUAACGGGCAAGUUAACUUGUCUGAUGACUUGUUAUUCAGUGACAAAGUGUUCAAAAGUCAUGAUUCAGACCAAGUGUACAGGCAAUUACUUCAAAUGCAAGAGGAAAAUGCUAAAUUGAAGUCUGAGAACGGAAAGUUGUUGGAGAAAUGUGUGACGAAAGAAGGUGAAGCUUCUAUACUGCGGACACAGCUGAAGAGUUGUCAGGCAUCUGUGGAUAAUGCAAGGCUGGAGAAGAUUAAGGCUCAGGAGAAAGUCCAGAUAGAAUGGACAGAGAAACUCAGUGCAGCUAACAAUCAGAUGCGGGAUUUACGAACACAGUUAGAUUUCAAGAAUCUUGAAAUAAUAAGUAUAAAGGAGAAAUGCAAGAAGCUGGAAUCUUCUAAAGUGAGAUUAACACAAGUUACUAUAGGUGGAAAUGACAUAUCUCAGAGGCAUUAUAAUAACACAACACAGAAUGAUUCUCUUUCAAGUCAUAGCAAGAGAGUUAAGACAGUUUCCAAUGCUGUCCAGACUGAUGACAAGGCUUAUAUGCUGAAACUCAACAAGAUCUGCAGAUUAGAAUCCAAAACCCAGAUCUCAAUCCUACCUCUAAUACUGGAGCCGUGCACAAUACAGCACCACUCCAUACUAGACUACAACGAGAAACUACAAAAGACUACGGAUCUCUCACAGAACAAGUGCCGUAUAUACAGCACGUUCCACCGUCUGCCAACUACGCCUGUGCCUAAGGAUAGCGGGAAGAGUAAAGUGGUGAUGAACAGGGUGUAUGAAGAUGUGACCGCUGUGUUUAGCGGUUGUGAUGGAGUUGAGGAGAGGUAUUUUAAUAUCUUCAAUUCAAUAAGAUCAGUACUUCAAGAGACCAGCAGCAGCCUGGAGACAGUCUGCCAGCGAGUGACGACCUCCUUCCAGAAGGAAAUGGAUGAGAAGUAUAUGGACAUCACUUCCACAUACCUAUGUGUUGAUAGACUGGAUUUGUUGAAGGGCAGAGCCCUAUACAAAGAAGAACAAGCCAUCCUAUCAAGAAGAAUGGUAGCUACACUGUCUUACGUUUUAGAACAUUCUGAAGGAUUAUACUGGUUUUUCAAAUAUGAACAGAUGUCAGGACAGAAUGCGGAGAAGCCAGGACAAAUUAUUGACAUCAUCAGUAGGAUAUGCACCUUACUUGACAAUGCUUCCUGCGCCACAUUAUACAGCGGGCUACUUCUCUCAAUAACUUUCCUAACAGAAGUGCUAACUACGACCAACAUAAACAAAUCAAUAAUUUUGGACAUUAUAAAGACCAUAUUAAUAUCUAGACCCAUGCCAUUUGUUGUGACCAAAGUUUUGAGUCUGUUGAAUGCGGUAGCUUCUUGGGAACGGUUUAUGAAGACUUUCUGCCCGGGCAAUGGUACGGGGAAUCUGAAGACGGAUUAUGAUCAAGGUGUGCUGUUGUAUAAGAAAGAUUCAUGCUUCAUACAAGUGCUUCUAAAACAAAUAGAAACCUGCCUCAAAUGCAUGGAGAAACAGAAGUUAGCUGACAAAGCGGUGGAGACGACGCAGAACCUCAUUAUAUUGUACAGUCAUGUUAGUGAUAGUAUUACUGGUAGCUUGGCGAGACAGAAAUCUAGAUGCGACUGCCAAUUGGUUUUAGUACAAAUAAUAGUAUAUGCUUUACGAAUAUGUGCUGUGAUGCUAAAUCGGUAUAAACAUAGUGUAUUAGAAGAAACUUCAAAUCAACAAGAACUGCUAUCAGUAUGUCGUUGCGGCAUACAGCUGCUGUACCAGUGUGCAGUACGCGAUGUACAGUUCAGUACACAGCUGUCGCACGACGAAGGACAUCUCAUACAGUUCUGUGAACUCAUGCGAGGGUGCCAGCAUAGUGAUGCUUACUCAAACAUGCUAACGGAACUGGCGGGAACACUACAGUCGACCCCAGAAGACAUGCCGCCAUCAUUCCAUAGACAACCCUGGCUGACCAGCUUCGAAUCAUUCUCUAUCAUAGACUAAUUUCUAAUGAAUUAUAUUCUUUUAGAAUAAAAUUGUAAAUAAUGUAAAUAACCAAAAUGAUUUUGUAAUGUUAUGAAAAAUACAAUUAUUAUUAUUUAUUUAAAACA